CUCACUCUGGGCCCGCCUGCUGUUUGCACUGAGUGGAAAUCUCCAUCUGCCGGUAAUGUGUGACGGCCCGUGAAUGAGUGCGCGCUCACGCCGUGCAGACGCACUCUGUGGUUUGGCGAGCACACGGGGUUUGUAUACGCUUUAUCAUUGCCACUUCAUUUCCAGCAGCAUCUCUCUCUCUCUCCUCCAUCCACGUUUCACCACAGCCGCAUAGCGACCUUCAGUGCACCUCGCUGAAUGCUGUGUGUUCGUGUUGGUCCGCCGUGGCUGCGAUUAUCAGUGCUGCUGGAGGGAAACGGAUCGCCGUGCUGCAUCACUGUAGCCCGCUUUGGAUGACAUUUGGGUGUAGGCUGUUCUGACUGUAAUAGCUACCAUGGCGAAAACAGUCGCCUCAUCCGGCGCAGUCACAGGUGAAAAGAUGGCACCGCCAUCCAUCACUCUACUUCCUGACAAGAAAUCUCCAACAAACAGUCACAGCUCUCCAGCCCGGACUGGAAAAAACACCCCAUCUAACACAGAGAAGAAGCUACACAUGAAUGGGCACGCUUCCCCUUCCCACCUACCUGCUAAUGUCAGCAGCAACCAUGGAGGUAAACCAAUUCUGGAGGGUUACUUGAAGACAGACGACAGGAUGCGUUUAGCCAAGGAGCGGCGAGAGGAGAGGGAGAGAAGCCUGGCGGCCCGGGAACAGCUAAUCAGGGAGAAGGAGCGCAGAGCUCGGCUGCAGUAUGAACGCACAGUGGAGGAACGCUGGAGGCGGCUGGAGGAGCAGAGGCAGAAAGAGGAUCUUCGCAGAGCUGCAGUGGAGGAAAAGAGGAGGCAGCAGCUCGAGGAGGAGCGGGAGCGGCUCGAGGCCCUGAUGAAACGCUCUCUGGAGCGCAGCCUCCAGCUGGAGCAGAGGACAAAACGCUGCAGCAGAGGCUACCAUCAAGGAGCAGGUGACUGUGAGAAUGCCCCACUCCCUCUCUCUGCUGCCUCCGCCUUUUCCCAUGGCAUUGCCUCCCCCAUUCCUGCUGUCAGCGAAUCUGCACCCUGCAGCCCUCACAGGUCACCUUUCCACACCUCAGUGAACCGUGUAGAUCAGAACAGAGCUGGACUUCAGGGAGGCUCUCAGUCCACUCCCAACACCCCAAAGAAAGAGCGGCUGCGCAGAGAGAGAAGAACUGCAUCCCCAGGUUGUGGGUCCCCUGUGAGAAGAUCUGAAUCUCCUGCCAGUUUCACCAAACAUUUGGCUUCCCCUCCCACCCCUUCCAAGCUACCAUCUAGGAUUCGUGCCCAGUCUCCUAGCAAUGCACAUCAGUACCAUUACUCUCCGACAAGACAGCGCCCCAACCCGAGUGAUGAUAAAAAAACAGGAAAUGACAAGGUGGGAAAAAAGGGCGAGCACACCAAAGCUGAGACUGCAGUGAAAAAGAGCGCCGACAUCAACAGCUUAAUUUCAUCUCCACCACCUCAGAAGAGUAUGGCCAGUACUGAAAUCGCUAAAACCAAAUCCUCCGAUAAGUACCUCAAAGGAGACACCAUUGAAAAAUGUCAGUCGCCUGAAAGAGGGAACCAGCUGACUUCCAAAGGAGAUCCCUUAGAGAAGAUGACACAGAGCAAUUUUCAGGAUGGAGACAAGAAAAAAGAAGCAGCACCAUGCACAGGCAAGGUGGCUGCUGGCACAUCAAAUGCAGAGGAGGCUAGCAGGUUGCUGGCUGAGCGUAGGCGCCAGGCUCGGGCUCAGAAAGAACUGGAGGAGAAAAAACGGGAGCAGCAAGAAGAAGAAGGAAGGUUACGAGAGGAACGGAAGCAACUUGCACAGGAGCAGCAACGGCAGGAGGCAGUGAAUCAGCAAGUGAAGGAGAGAAGAAAGAGUGAGGCAGAUGCUCAUUUGAAACAAGAAGAAGAGAAACGAAAGAAGGAACAGCAGGAGAAGGAGCUACAGGCCCAGAUGGACAGAGAGAGAGAAAAAGCCAAAGUCCUGGCUCAAGAGGAUGUGGAGCGUCAGCGGCAAGACAGAGAACUGCAGACACAGCAAGAGGAAGAGGAGCGGCAACAAAGAAAAAAGAGGAUUGAGGAGAUUAUGAAGAGAACUAGGAAAGGUGAAGCUGAUUUGAAGACGGAGGAACAGGUGGAGACAAAGUGCGUCUCGCCACCAGGUAAUAUAAAGACUAUUCAAAGCAAUGCUCAGGUUAAAGAGCCAGCAACCAAAAAGGUUGACUUUCAGGUUAAAGAGCAGGUCAUAGUUCAGGUCAAAAUAAAGGACACUGCUCUCGGGAAGACGGACACAGUCACGGCAGCAGCAGCACAGAUGGACAAUCAGAAGCAAGUAAAAAACAACACUCAUCUUGUGACGCACAGUGUUCCUGACAAGAAAUCUGAGACAAGACAAACCAGGGAAGAGAUUAGCAGCCAACUUAAAGUAGCCAAAGCCUGUGUACUCCAGCAAGAGGGGGGAGAGAUGGAAAUGAAUGUAAACCAGCAGCACAGAGCAAGUGUUAAUGUCACAGACCAAAUCAUGAAAGAACCCACAAAGCUGAGGGGAGAAGGCGUUGUGAUGAACAGUGGAGGAAAGGGUGGAGGAAGUGCCUUGAAGAAGAAUGCUCCAACAGCUGAAGCAAGCAAAGAGCAGAGCGUGGAUGUGCCAGCAGCUGACAAAGCUGGGGGAAAGGAUAAAGGAGGGUCCCAGCUUGGGGUUGGUAGACCUCCUGUGAAACCCCUGCCAAUGGGAAACCUGUCACCACCAGUCAUCAAGCUGGAGCCACUCAAUGUGAAGCACACAGGGUCUUGCGAUGAGGUGCAGUCGAUGGAAGUCAGCCCGGCCUCAAAGGAAGAACUCAUUUCGAUCCCAGAGUUCUCGCCUGUCAAUGAAAUCCAGAGCAGUGGCAUGAGUAACACCCGGGCCCUCGAAGAGCUGAUGGACCUGACAGGGAGCGUCACCUAUGCUAAACUGUCCUCUGAAAGCAGCAUCGGUGACUGCAACAAGAACCUCAUCGAGGGUGUCGUCAGUCCCGUCUCAGACUCAAAGCUCAUUGGGAUGGCACCUCCGUCCUCGAAUAAACUAAGCAUCAAGUAGCCGAUUAAUUCCUUUCUCUUCCUCUCUUGCUUGCCUUGUCUCUGUCCUCUCCGUCUGUCUCUCACACACAGGCACACAUACGCUCACAGGAUGUCACAUUUUGACUAUGUGCUCUUGUGUCAUUAAAGUAAUGGGAAUAGAGCCAUAGAGAUUGACCUAAAAAUGUACAAUAUGACCUUCAAUAUAAACAAAACAUCUCCUAUUUAGUAAUAACAUAGCAAAUGACUGUGUUACAGCUGUUGUGAAUCUGCAGUUCUUGUUUUGAGGACAAGUAUCCACUUAUGAAAGACAGUCAGUAGAUGUGUGACACAAUGGAGAAAAAAGUAUCAGGGAUUUGAAUACUAGAAAAAUUUCAAAAACAUACUAUUACUUAAUUACAUUAGCUGGGGAAGAGCUUGCCCUGCACAGAUUCCUUACUGGCUCCCAGUUCAUUUUCAUGUUGUAUUAAAGCCUGCUCGGAGCACUGAUGACUGUAGCCUUUCCAAACACCCUCCUAAGCCUUUAAAUGAUCUUCAAAGUGUUGCUGGGAAGGCAAGACAAUUUAAUGUUCAUGACAGGUUUAUUUUUAAUGCUAACUGGCAAUGUUACUGGUGUGUGUAUUGAUAUUGGAUUCAAGUAACAAACUAAAAUCCAGGCAGACUACUCCAACUAUGUAUUAUUUACUGUCUCUCCCAGCAAACAAUAAUCUUGAUAUUUUCCCUUUAUUCCCUUUUCAAGUCUUUCUAACUGCAUGCAAAUGAGGAGGGAAAUGACCUUAAAAAAGUUCCAAGUAAACUUGAAUGUUGCAGCAAACUAAAAACAAGUCAUGUCAUCAAUGCAAAGAAAGUACCAGUAUUGUGCAGAGCAGAACCAGUCUUCUACAAAUAUACAGAAAUCAAGAAAGCAAGGCAGCCUUAAACUUCCUGUUAUUUAAAAAGAUAUAUUAGAGAUAUUAAAGAUAUAUUAUCUGUGAAACAGAAAUUUCCCUCUAUGUCUGGAUACUGACGUAUAGGACUGAAGGGCGCAGGGACAGGAAUGUUUGCUGAGCGACUUGCAAAUGAUCUGGCUUGUAGCUUUAAAGAUACUGUUUACUGCUGACCCCCCCUUACAUCUGAGAUCAUGAACACUUUUUCAACAAUUCAGUGACAUUCACUUUCUGUAUUGUGUUAAAAUGUAUUUUCAGUAGAGAUGCCUUAUCUGGGACUGAGCAGCUGCUUAUUUUGUGUUUAUCUCAACAUGACCACUGGGAUAGUUGUGUGUCUGUAACCUGUAACACUUGAAACUUGGUUUGAAAUGCAUCAUGUCUGCCAUGGUGCAGACAGUAAUGUCGACAUUCAGUGCAGUUAAGAAGUGACAUUUAGUUUUUGUUGUCAAACAACCCAAAUCAGUGGCCAUAUAACAGUCUUAUGCAAAGUAGCCACAUUGAAAUAUAAAUCAUAUAUCUGAGUUAUGGUUUGAUAUACACAUCUAUAUAUAUUUUGCAUAUUCAAACAGCUGGAGGACUGGAAAAUGGAUAUGAACUAAUAAUACACAAAGCCACAUCAAAGAAGUAUUCACGCUUGCUCAUUGCUAUACAUGAAACCAGUGUCAGUCACUCAGCUUAUGUAAUUACUGUAGACAUUGUGCAUGAUUAGCAUGGAUAUCUGAAACAAUAAAGCGCAAAACUGAGAA